AUGUGGAAAAGGGGACAGACCACUUGGGAGGAAUCUAGGGAUAUUGUCCGAAUGUGCAGGGAUGUGAUGAGGAAGGCUAAGGCCCAUUUGGAAUUAAAUCUGGCAAGAGAUGUCAAGGACAAGAAGGGCUUCUUCAAAUACAUCAACAGCAAAAGGAAGACUAGGGAAAAUGCGGGCCUGCUAUUGAAUGGGGGUGGUGCCCUGGUGACAAAGGAUGCAGAGAAGGCAGAGAUAAUGAAUGCCUUCUUCACUGCUAAGGCCAGUCCUCAGGAAUCCCGGACCCUGGGGACAAGAGAGGAAGUCUGGAAAAAGGAAGACUCUGCCUUGGUCGAAGAGGAGUGGGUUGGAGAUCAUUUAGGCAAACCUGACAUCCAUGAAUCCCUGCGCCCUGAUGGGAUGCACCCACAAGUGCUGAGGGAGCUGGCGGAUGUUAUCGCUAGGACACUCCCCAUCAUCUUGGAAAGGUCCUGGAGAUCAGGAGAGGUGCCUGAGGACUGGAAGAAAGCCAAUGUCACACCAGUCUUCAAAAAGGGCAAGGAAGAGCCAGGAAACUACAGGCCUGUCAGCCUCACCUCCAGCCCUGGCAAGGUGAUGCAACAGCUCAUCCUGGAGGCCAUCAUUAAGCAUGUGGAGGACAAGAAGGUUAUCAGGAGUAGUCAGCAUGGAUUCACCAAAGGGAAAUCAUGCUUAACCAACCUGACAGACUUCUAUGAUGGGAUGACUGGCCGGACAGAUGAGGGGAGAGCAGUGGAUGUUGUCUACCUGGACUUCCGCAAGGCUUUUGACACUGUCUCCCAUCACAUCCUCCUAGGUAAGCUCAGGAAGUGUGGGCUAGAUGAGUGGACAGUGAGGUGGAUUGAGAACUGGCUGGAUGGCCGAGCUCCGAGGGUUGUGGUCAGUGGUGCAGAGUCAAGUUGGAGGCCUGUAGCUAGUGGUGUCCCACAGGGGUCAGUCCUGGGUCCAGUCUUGUUCAAUGUAUUCAUCAAUGACCCGGAGGAAGGGACAGAGUGCACCCUCAGCAACAAGUUUGCUGAUGAUACUAAACUGGGAGGAGUGGCUGAUGCACCAGAAGGCUGUGCUGCCUUUCAGAGGGACCUGGAGAGGCUGGAGAGCUGGGCGGAGAGGAACCUCCUGAAGUUCAACAUGGGCAAGUGCAAGGUCCUGCACCUAGGCAGGAAUAAUCCCAUGCACCAGUACAGGCUGGGGACUGACCUGCUGGAAAGUAGCUCUGCAGAGAAGGACCUGGGAGUGCUGGUGGACAACAAGUUAAACAUGAGCCAGCAGUGUGCCCUUGUGGCCAAGAAGGCCAACAGUAUCCUGGAGUGCAUGAGGCAGAGUGUUGCCAGCAGGUGGAGGGAGGUGAUCCUGCCCCUC